UUCAUUAAUCACACACACCAUACUCAAAGAAUUUGAAGCAAUUCAUCUGUGAAAAUAUGGGAAACUGUUGCAAGGCAGCUUCAUCAAGCAAGGUGUUGGAUGAAGGUGAUGGGUUAUGUUCAGAGAAAGUGCAGAAGAAGAAGAUGAUGGAAACGCUAGGAGUUUCUCCAGAUCCAAAUGGGAAAGUGAAGAUAAAGAUAUCGAAGAAGGAGUUGGCAGAAUUGUUUGAUAAGAAGGAACUAGGACGAGCUUCUGCUGAACAACUUCUGCUUCGCUUCAUAACAAAGGGUAGAGAAAAUGAUGGUGGUCACAGAUCGUGGAGACCUGUGCUAGAGACUAUUUCUGAGGUUUGAGCGGUUGUUAAUGAUAUCAAUAUCAAUCAACUCAUGCUGUUCAAAAGCUUUCUUCAGUAACUCAGAACACCUAAGAAAUGGAGCAUAAUUUUUCCAGUAUUCAAAAACUUUUUAGCUUUCUCAUAACAACCCACUACUUACUUUUUUCUGAAAAAGUAACCAAGUGAGAGGAAUGAUCAUAAGUUUAAAGUGUAGU